AUGUUCGGGAUCCAGGAGCAUCUGAUUCGAGAAGUGAGCGGAUUAAAGGAGAGACGUCUUGGGGAGGAGAUGGAUCCAGUCCGGUCCUGGGUGCGCAAUGUCGGUGUUGUGGAUGCGAACGUAGCGGCGCAAAGUGGAGUAGCUCUGUCCAGAGCUCAUUUUGAGAAGCAGCCGCCCUCCAACCUCCGCAAGUCCAACUUCUUUCACUUUGUGCUGGCACUAUACGACCGCCAUGGGCAGCCUGUGGAGGUGGAAAGGACGGCAUUUGUCGACUUUGUGGAGCAUGACAAGACGGGAGAAAAGACAAACAACGGCACGCACUACAAGCUGCAGCUCCUCUACAGCAAUGGUGAGGUUCGCACGGAGCAGGAUCUUUAUGCACGACUUAUCGACUCUGUCACUAAACAGCCUAUAGCGUAUGAAGGACAAAACAAGAAUCCAGAAAUGUGCAGAGUCCUGCUCACACACGAGGUUAUGUGCAGCCGCUGUUGUGAGAAGAAAAGUUGUGGCAACCGAAACGAGACGCCAUCUGACCCCGUCAUCAUUGACAGAUUUUUCUUUGGUUUUUUCCUGAAAUGUAACCAGAAUUGUCUGAAGACGGCAGGAAACCCGAGGGAUAUGAGGAGAUUUCAGGUGGUCCUGUCCAGCACCGUGAGCGUCGACGGCCACGUCCUCGCAGUGUCUGACAACAUGUUCGUCCACAACAACUCCAAGCACGGCCGCAGAGCCCGCAGACUUGAACCAGGAGAGUCUGCAGAGAAUUCUAUGGAGUAUGCGACCCCGUGUAUCAAAGCCAUCAGUCCCAGUGAGGGCUGGACCACAGGGGCCAUGGUCAUCGUCAUUGGGGAGAACUUCUUUGACGGGCUGCAGGUGGUGUUUGGCAGCAUGCUGGUGUGGAGUGAGCUGAUCACACCGCACGCUAUCCGUGUGCAGACACCUCCUCGACACAUCCCUGGGGUCGUGGAGGUCACACUGUCCUAUAAAUCUAAACAGUUCUGCAAAGGAGCGCCUGGACGCUUCAUCUACACAGCCCUAAAUGAGCCGACUAUAGACUACGGUUUCCAGCGCCUUCAAAAGGUCAUUCCUCGACACCCUGGUGACCCGGAGAAACUAGCUAAGGAGAUCCUUCUGAAGAGAGCAGCAGAUCUUGUGGAGGCCCUGUAUGGAAAUCCACACAGUAAUCAGGACAUGCUGCUAAAACGUGCAGCCGACAUUGCAGAGGCGCUCUACAGCGUUCCUCGUCCUCACAGCCAGCUGCAGGCACUGCCCAGCUCACCUGCACAUGGCAGUGUAAUGGGCCUGGGCUCUUACCCCUCUCAGCUCGGCGUUAGCAUUGGGGAUCCAGGACAGAGCAGCCAAGGUUACAUUAGAAAUUCCAGCAGUUUGUCUCCGAGGGGUUACCCAUCAGCCUCCACUCCUCAGCAGUCCAGCUAUGGGGGCGGAGGGAUGACCGGAGGCUAUGGGACGGUUCCCAUGACAAGCCUGGGUGUACCUGGAUCUCCUGGUUUCAGCAGUGCCUCCCCUACAGGCUCUCCUUACAUUAUGCCCUCAAGCCCCACCAUACCAGGAAGCUCCAGCUCCUCUUCGUCUCUCUUGCCUUUCUCCUCCUUCCCGUCCGCUGCUAAACAGAAGAGUGCUUUUGCUCCGGUACUCAGGCCCCAGGGCUCUCCCUCCCCUGCCUGCCCCGCCUCAGGGGGGAACAGCUUCAGAGCGAUGACGGGCCUGGUUGUUCCCCCGAUGUAGCAAAGCACCCACCCCAAUCUACCCCCAGCCACUGCUUCACUUAGCCCCUGCUUUGGCAUUAAGAGGGCAGGGAGGAUGGAAAAUUGAUCACUAGCAACCAUGUUUAAACGUCCCUCCUGAGUUACCCCUUUGCCAUUUCUUAGGCAGUUUUUCAUCCAGGUGGAUGAACAGGACGGGGUUUUAAAAAAGUCCAAAGACCAGCCAUCUCCUCUCGAGGCAGGGCAGAAUACUUCACCCACAGCUACAGGCACAAGGCUCCUUAACUGACAGCAGCAGACUGAACUGGAUACUGCUCUUUUUGUCAUGAAGUGUCUGCAUUUUGAGAGGAAACAAAGGAAAUCUUGAGCCUCUAAGCAUCAGAAUGAACCUCUUGCCUACAUCACAUGCAGUACAUGGAUCUCCAAAAUCGGCCCAAACCGUGACCAGAGGCGUUCAAGACAUGUCAUGAUGAGAGCAUUUACAGCUGUUGGAUGAAGGAAAACUGUAAUGUUGCAGCUCUGAGAAGGGUGCUAUUUGUCUGUGUAUGGACACCUUAAUGGCAUGUGUGUUCACUGUCUGUGAGUUAGUGAGAGCUUCUUUUAUAGUAGACUUUUUGAAGACAAUUUACAUUCCAGAAAAAUAGACCCUUUAUUUUUUGUUCUGAUCUCUACGGUUUUACAAGGGAGAACUCUUUGUCUCGAGGGUUAUUACUAAAGGAAUUCAUAUAUUGAUUUAUUUAAGAACAAGCAAUUUAACUUAUUAUAGUUAGUAUAGGGAAUAUAAAACGUGUUUUAUAAAGUGGUCCUUUUCCAACUGUGGCUGAAUGAAGUUAUCUCAACAAUUGCUAAUUAAUUUGUCAAAUGUUCACAGGGAAUUGCUCUGAAACUUUGGAUUAAAACAACCAGUUUUCAGGUUCUUGCAUAAAGGAAAUAUGUUAGAUAGCCGUAUCCUUUUUAAUUUCACUUUUUAAUGCAUGCUUUGUCACAGCAAUGCCCUGAUAUUAUUUCAUUCCACAUUGCAAAUUUUGCAUUAUAUGACUACAACUUAUAGAUUGUGCAGUUUCAUUUUAAAUGUCUCAACCAAGCACAGGUCUCCACUCACUAUGCAGUACGGUCAAUGAAAGCACAAGCUGCUCAGAACAAGAACGAGGCAUACGAGGCGUUCAUGAACCCAUAUCAUGCUCAUCUCCCUAUUACUGAUCUUUGUCUAUGUAACACAAACUUCAUUCUCAGGAUGUGAAAUCAAAGAACACAAAGAGUAGCUGACAUUUUCAAAUUUGUUUUUAGAGUUUGGUUAAUUUUAUUUAUUUAAAAGUUAUUACCAAUUUAAUAUUAUG